CUUGCACGAUGCUCACACCGGUCGCUGGUCCGUCGAGACUGCCAACGCUUGGUCUCACUGCGAAGAGGCUCGCCUCCUCUAAAGCCAAAGCUCGGCAUGACGCCAAAAUGCGCGCUCUCAUCUCCAUUUACCACCAGAGCGACCGGUUCAUAUCUCCCGAAAACCUCGAGAACGUCAUCGACGAGACGUUUGCCCCCAAACAAUCCAUGGCAUUCGGCAGCCAAAUAUCGCAGACUAACAAGGACGCUGAAUACAAUGCCCUCGCCAGCAUUAUACAAAAGCGCAAGGAAGCACCAAAGUUCCUAACGAACAUUGAUGAAAGGACCGACCUCGGGGAGGACACGUCGAUUUUUGCAAGCGCUAUGGGCGCGGCGUGGAAGGAGAGCCCGCAAGAGAGAAUGCGUCGUGUGCGCGAGGCGUUGUUGGGCACGAAUGCGAAGGGCCAGCCGUCUUGGGAGGUGCUGAAGGAGAAUGCGGGCCGGGUACGGCGGCAGGUAGACGAAGACGCGAAGGAGCACGCUCGCUCUAGUCAAUAGGCGCAGCACUCCACAGCAAACACCGCUGUUUACGUUCUGAACGUGAACCAUGGCGUUGUGCCAAACCCAAUGCCGAAGUUGAAAUGCCGAUUCGCGACGACAUGGUUGGUUGGUCAAAUGUUAACAUGACUGCGGCGCAUGCUCGCAGCAGGGCAACUUUGAUCUCACUAUAGACAAGCAUCAGUUUUAAUAAUAUCUUAUGCACACUCUGUCUGCUUUUCACAUCUUGCUGACUCGCCGAAACUUGCGCGUCAUGUUGCCGGACUUUGCAUCGGUCAAUAUCU